AUGUCGAUUUGGCGGCCUUACACUUUAGAUGACGUCGCCACGGACGUCCCGCUAAACCUCACUGUGACGCAGGUGUCGCAAUCAGAUGAAGUUUCGUUAGCAUACCCGGCAUGCCCGUCGAACCUGGCAUACCCGGAGUACCUGCCGGUGCCUCCGCAGCACUACGGACCAGGCUGGAUGUCACCAGGAGGUAGCUCAGGCUACCAAUCCGCGAGUGCGCCAUCACCGUCACCUGUCCCGUGCGCCGCCGUUUCUCUACGAGAGUCCUCGACUGCCAACCUGGAAGAUGGAGACAUAUCGGACGAUGAAGACUUUCAAAUUUUUGAGAAGACUGCCAUGGACGCUAUGGCAUUGAGAAAUGGCGGUACAAUACUUGCAAGUAAUCCGCGCAUGCGUCGUACCGUACGCUCCGCGGCCGAGGACGACGCCUACCGACGCACGCGGGAGAGAAACAACGCGGCGGCGAAGCAGAGCCGGGACCGACGCAAGCUGCGCGAGAUUCACCUCUCGCUGAAGGUGACCUACCUCAAGCGGCAGCUGGCGACGCUCAAGGCGGCGCUUGGCUCCCAGACCUGCACCCGCUGCCAACGCUCCACUCUGCUGUAG